UAGUCGGAAAGACAAGCUAGAUAAAAGAUGAACACUCGUGGCCUGCGCUCUCAGCUGAAGGACAGUGUUCCUGUCACAGGUCUGUGUCCUCAGGCUGGUCCUUAUGGGGUCCAAGACUCUCUGCGCAGAGGGUUCUCUAGUGUCAAAAAUGAGCUUCUACCGAGUCAUCCAUUGGAGCUCUCUGAGAAAAAUUUUCAGCUUAACCAGGACAAGAUGAAUUUCAACACGCUAAGGAACAUCCAGGGUCUCCAUGCGCCCCUCAAACUACAGAUGGAGUACAGAGCAGCUAAACAGAUUCAGCGUUUGCCCUUCCUCCCAAGCUCAAAUCUGGCUCUGGAUACUCUUCGAGGCAGCGAUGACACCAUCGGCUUUGAGGACAUUCUCAAUGAUCCUGUGCAGUGUGAGAUGAUGGGAGAUCCUCAUAUCAUGACCGAAUACAAGCUGGGUCUCCUGUAAGGAUGCUUUUUCUGCACUUGUUUUCGCCCAGAUCCUGUAGGUUGUGUUGUGUGCAUUGUUUAACCGGUUUCUAAUAAAAUGUCAAAUGUGAA